CCAUCUAUCCUGCUCUAUGGUCAUGUGUGACUUCAUCAUCUGGUUUGUCCCCCUGCCUUAAAGAGACACCAAUAUCUCUAACUCCCUGUCUUGCCCCUCCAUCUCCCCCUCCUCCUCCUUCUCCUUCACACACCUUCCUAAAACUCACUUUGGUACAACCAUAAUCCACAGCCAAACAUGUUGAAUGGAGGCUCUGAUCUUCCUCAAAAGCCUUUCCAGUUAAUCAAACAAGAUGACAAGUUCUUGUCCAGGCUGCUUUCCAAGGAGAGCUCAGCGUCGAACCCCUCGUUCAGGGUCUACUAUGGAGGCGCGCCAAGCUCGGUUCCGUUCAUGUGGGAGACCCGGCCCGGCACGCUGAAGCACCCCCAUUUCGACGACUCUCUACCGCCUCUAACACCUCCUCCGUCUUAUUAUUCGAGUUCCAAAAAAUAUGAUACAUUCCCCCAGGAGAAGUGCUCAAGAUCUGAUCUCUUGCGGGUUUUGUUUUUCAAGACCAGCCUCAAGAAACCGAAGAAUGGGGCUGAUUCAACUUGCUCUCUCCGCUCGUCCUCGUCCUCUUCCUCGAAUUCGUCAGUGUUCAACCCUGGGGCUCCGACUCGGAGGUGGUUCUCGAAUCGAAGGUUGAUGUCUUACAAUUCUAGCAUUGGCGAUGAGGAUGAGCACCACGGACCUCCACCUACUUCCACAUCGUGCUUCGGCGGCGGCAGGAAGUGGCGCAGCAUCAGCACCCCUGGUCGUUACCGCUGGUGAAAUGUGGCCGGAUAAUUGUCUUUGUACGUUGCGUGGACUUUGUUCAUAGUACUCGUGUGUUCAUACAUGAAAUUGUCAUCUCUAGAAUAUGCAUUGUUGGAGGGUUUUCUAAUUAUUAUUAGGUUUUUUUUUAUGUGAGAAUGGCUCGAUCCGCCAUCAUAAAAAAAAAAAAAAAAAACAAAGAUGGUGUGGUGAGCGAGUGUGUGUUAUGACAUUGGGUCAAGCUAUAUAUCAUUGAAUUUCGCAUCAAAUCUUCCACAAAGACAAAGAUUUUUAACUAUAUUUCAACAACAUAAUUCUCUA